GUGGACAUUCUGCCCGAGUCUUGAUUGCCAUAUCUGUCUUUUCUUUUGACCAGCACCAAUCCAUCACCAAAAAUGUCGUUCCAGGACCCCAAGAAGACCGGCCAGGCCGAUGCCCCCAAGAUCCACAAGAUCCGCAUCACCCUUACCUCUCGCAAGGUUCAGUCCCUCGAGAAGGUCUGUACCGAGCUCAUCGACCGCGCAAAGUCGAAGGAUCUCCGUGUCAAGGGCCCCGUCCGCCUCCCCACCAAGAACCUCAAGAUCACUACCCGUAAGACCCCUAACGGUGAGGGUUCCAAGACUUGGGACACCUUCGAGAUGAGAAUCCACAAGCGUCUCAUCGACCUUAACGCCCCCACCGAGGUCGUCAAGCAGAUCAUCAUCAACAUCGAGGCCGGUGUUGAGGUUGAGGUCACCAUUGCCGCUUAAAUGCGUUGAUGCUGUGUCACAACAUAGUACCAGUCCCAUCCGGCGCAUAGUCAGGAGUCAAGUAAAUAC